ACACGGAGUGUUCCAGCAAACCGUUGAGAAUGUCAGGACGAGGAAAGACCGGUGCCAAGGCCCGCGCAAAGGCCAAGACCCGCAGCUCCAGGGCAGGUCUGCAGUUUCCAGUCGGUCGAGUCCACCGCCUGCUCCGCAAAGGUAACUAUGCCCAGCGUGUGGGCGCCGGAGCGCCCGUCUACAUGGCUGCCGUGCUGGAGUACCUCACCGCCGAGAUCCUCGAGUUAGCCGGCAACGCCGCCCGGGACAACAAGAAGUCUCGCAUCAUCCCUCGCCACCUGCAGCUGGCGGUUCGUAACGACGAGGAGCUGAACAAACUGCUCGGCGGCGUCACCAUCGCCCAGGGCGGCGUGCUGCCUAACAUCCAGGCCGUCCUUCUGCCCAAGAAGACCGGCCAGGCUGCCGCGGCUACCGGCAAGUCGGGAAAGAAGGCCUCCUCCCAGUCUCAGGAGUAUUAGCCACGCGGCCAACAACUUU